UUCAGUGGAGGAUUAGGGUUUAGGGUUUUUGCACUUCGAAGUAAUUUUUUAUUCUUUGAGUGGGUGCGAAUUAGCAAGACACCUUUCAUGGAGAUUUAAGCCGUGAAUACGUAAAGUCUCUCUGGACCGAAUCAAUGGCCGCGAGUGUUUCAGUGAAGCCCGCGGCAGUGAAUCCCUGCUGCCAAGCGUGGAAAGAUAAGUGUUUGAAGUCGGAAGAAGCGCGGGUUGCACUGCGUAAGACUAUUAGUAUCCUCCAGUCGGUAGUAAACAAGUUUGAAGCCGAUAAUGCCAGGCUCAAGGAAGCAUAUGAGGAUGAGCAAGCUCGUGUAGUCAUUGAGAAAGAGAGCAGGGAGAAAGAAUCAUCCACGAGAGCUCUUCUAGAGAAUGAGGUAUCUGUUUUGAAGUCUGAGAUAGCUGUAUUGCAGGCCAAAACAGAUGCUUCGGAUGAAAAUGAAGAACUAAAGCUUCUACGAAUUCGUGUUGCUGAUGGAGAAAAGGAGAUAACCUGGCUUAAGGAGGUUCUUGAGAAAGAGAAAUUAAUGUCAGAUAUGGAGAGGAAGACUGUUGAGACAGAGAGGAAGAAAGCUGAAAAGGAUAAGAUUGAAAAAAUAAACCUUCUUGAGGUACGUGUUUCUGAAGGGGAGAAAGAAAUCAGUCAGCUGAAAGAACUCGUUGAGAGAGAGAAGCUGAGGGCAGAUGCAGAAAAGAAGAUUGCUGAGGCAGAGAAAAAAAGGGCAAUUGAAAGGGACAAGUUUGUGAAAGCUGAGAAGGAUAAGGCUUAUGAGGAAAGAAAGGCUGCCCAAAUUGAAGAAAAGAUGGCUGAAGACUAUCAAAUGCAGUUGGAAGCAUUGAGAAAUGAAGCUAGUGAAGCAAAAUCUGAAUUGCUUUCUGAGACUUCAAAGGUUGAAGACUUGACCAAGAAGCUUGAAGUAGUGACCAAGAAGCUUGAAGCAGAAAAGCAAAAGACAAUCAAGCAGAGAAAACGAGCAGAUUCUGAGAUGGCUAAAGCAAAGGAGCAAAAGAAACUUGCAGAAGUUAAUAUGGAGAAGGCUAAAGAAGAACUUUUACGGGCAGAGAAUUUAUCUAUGAAAUUGGAAGAUGCUAGACAACAUAUUAAGGAACAGCAAAAAGAGAUGGAUGACCAGAAGGCUAUUAUCAAUAAGACUGAAAAGGCCAAGGCUGAUGAGGAAAUGAAGGCUUUUCAAAUUGAAGGAAAGGAGGCUGAAGAGCAAGGAAUGAAGUUGGAGGCAUUGAGAAGUGAAGCUAGAGAAGCCAAAUCUAAAUUGCUCUAUGAGAUUUCGAAGCUUGAAGAAGUGACCAAAAAGCUUGAAGCUGAAAAGGAAACGACAAUCAAAGAGAGAAAACGUGCAGAUUAUGAGAUGGCUAAAGCAGAGGAGCAAAGGAAGCUUGCAGAAGUAUAUAGGAAGAAGGCUGAAGAAGAACAAUUACGGGCUGAGAACUUGUCUCUGCAAUUGGAAGAGGCUAGACAGAAUAUUAAGGAACAGGAGAGGGCGAUAAAUGACCAGCAGCCUGUUAGCAAGAAGGCUGAGAGGGUUCAGGCUGAUGAGGAAAUAGAGGUCUCCCAAAUUGAUGAAAAUAAGUCUGAAGACUAUAAAAUGCAGUUGGAGGCUUUGAGAAAUGAAGCUAGUGAAGCAAAAACAAAAUUGCUUUCUGAGACUUCAAAGCUUGAAGAAGUCACAAAAAAGCUUGAAGCAGAAAAGCAAAGGACAAUGAAAGAGAGAAAACGUGGAUAUUCUGAGAUGGUUAAAGCAGAGGAGCAAAGGAACCUUGCAGAAGUAAAUGGGAAGAAGGCUGAAGAAGAACAAUCACAUGCUGAGAAUUUCUCUCUGAAGCUGGAAGAGGCUAGACGAGCUAAUAUGGAACUUCAAAAGAAGAUAGAUGGCCAGAAGGCUAUUGUUAAGAAGGCUGAAGACUGUAGAGUGGAGUUUGAGGCAUUGAGAAAGGAAGCUAGUGAAGCGAAAUCUGAAUUGCUCUCUCGGACUUCAAAGCUUGAAGAAGUGAUAAAAAAGCUUGAAGCAGAGAAGCAAAAGACAAUCAAAGAGAGAAAACGUGCAGAUUCUGAGAUGGCUAAAGCAGAGGAGCAAAGGAAGCUUGCAGAAGUGAAUAAGAAGAAAGCUGAUGAAGAACAAUUAUGGGCUGGGAAUUUGUCUCUGCAGUUGGAAAAAGCCAGACGAGUGAUUGAGGAACUGCAGAAGGAGAUAGAUGACCAGAAGGCCAUUAGCAAGAAGGAACAUGCAGAAUCAGAUAUGGUUAAAAUGGAACAGCAAAAGAGGCUUGCUGAAAUAAAUAGGAGAAAGGUCAUGGAAGAAAAAUGUCGUGCUGAUUGUCUAUCUGAGCAGUUGAAAGAAGCUAGAUUAAAGAUUGAGGAUAUGCAGAAGCAGAUAUGUGAGCUUGCACCCUCUAGAAGAGUGGUUGAGACUUUUGCUGCUUCACCUGGCAAAGACAGAGAUGCAGGAAUUGCCAAAAUGAAAAUUAUGAAGAAAGAGCUGAAGUUGGAAAAAAUGCGAGUGAAGCAUGCCAAAACAGUGGCUAAGAUGGAAAGAUAUCGCAAUAAUGUGCUGCAAGAAGAAUUAAGUCGCUUGAAACUGGAGUUUGUUCAAUUUUCUUAUCGGCUAACUUUACUGGAUAGUUGUUUCUCUCCCAGGUUGGAAGCAUACAGGUUUUGGAGUUUCAUACUGUCUUUCCUACUGGUUGUUUUUCUCAGACACAAGUUAGCUGAUGGCUCUUUUAGUGUUAUUACCUGGUGGGUAGAGCUUGUGUCUGCUCUUAAUAUACCAUUUCAAAUGCAUCACCAAAAGGGAAAUGAGCUUCAGAAGCCUAUCUGCAAUGUUGAAACUACCUCUGAUCCUCAUAAGAAGGGUCCCCAAUGUUCUGAAAUGUUGACUCCUACUUCUAGAGGGAAUUAUUGUGAAUCUAUUUCAGCAUCUUUUUCUGACAGGCAUUUAGUGGGCUCACAGGACAAAGGUGCCUUUUCUGUCACCACAUCAACAAAAAUGCCAGAACAGAAGCCAACUUGUCAACAAUCAAAUUCCAGUAUAUCUGGGGAAGAAAAGAUGCAAAAUGAGAAUCUUGCCAUUGUGGCUGACAAUUGUGUUAGAAGUUCUUCUCACAUUAACGUCAUUGAAGGAGUUACUGGGCAUAGUAAAAAGAGAAAGAGGAUGCUAGAUACAAUUGAAUCCAUUGGAUCAUUGUGCUCAAAAAAUAAGAAGUGGCAUUUGCAGAUAGAAGAGAGGCUAUCUGUUUUGCAUGACAUGUUAGAUAGAAAAGCAGACAAACCUGUGAAGGAGAGAUCUUCAGUGCCUAAUCUGCAAAGUGGUUCACAUGGUAAGGACAGCAGAGUUCACAAGAAGAGAAAAGCAUCUCAUGAAGCAGAAGUGGUAAUGAAGCAUGUUGAUAAUUCUGAUAAGUUGAAGAUUGGAAAAUUGAAGACUGUAGUCCAGGAAGAUUCAAAUAGGUGUGGAGAAGCAUUUCAACCUGCCAAUAAUCUAAUAGGAGCUGGACUGGCUUGCAGAGAGGCCAUAUGUGAUUCUGUUGCAAAUGGACUUGAAGGUAGGAUAUGCUUUGAGGAGGCAGCCAAUGGGGACUAUAUGAAGUUGUUGGAAUUGGAAAAUGCUAGUGAUGAAGAAUACUACAAGAAAGUAAUGGAAAUGCCUCUGUCCCCUACUCUUCCUGAAAUUGGAUUCCAGCAUGUUGAGGAUUUUGUUGUAGAUAACUUGGAACCUUUGAUGAAGGGAAACUCCCUUGAAAAUGGAUCUAAAAAGUUGGACAGUCAUCAGCCUUCUUGCAGCAUUGAUGUCAUCAAUGGAAAGCUUGAUUCCAACAAUUUGAACUCUAAUGGCUCUGAACUUUCUUGUAAUUCAUUAUUGGAUCAGAAUAAAAGUCCUCUUGGUUCUUUUGGUUUGCUGGAGAAUAAUUGCAAUGGUUUCUCUGAUAUAACAAAAUCUCAGAAAACUUGGGUAAGUCAUAAGCGAAACUCGGAAAUGGAAAUGGCAAUGUCAGUUAUUCCAGGUGCUGGAGAUGAUGGGAUGAAGAUUCUGUUUGGCAAUGAACUUGGAUAUAAACACACAAAUUUUCCUAAAUAUUUUGUUUCUUUUUCUAAUAUCAAGGACCAAAGCACUACUACUAAAAUAUUUCAUGCCACAAAAACUUGUAUGAAUCGGUGUGCUUUAGUGACUCAAACAGGGUGGGCGGUGAAAAACAUUUUGCUUGCUAUGAAGGAGGAAAACCUUUUAGUCCAGGAAAAGGCUUGUGUAUUUUUCUCGUUGUUACUACUACAGUUCUCCGUCACUGAUUUGGGAAAAUAUGGGAGCUUUAUAAAUAACAAUUUCAGAUCCUUCUUGGAUGCUUUCCAUUGCCAUUUAAGUACAGUGAUGUACGAUGCUGAGGGAAGAUCCAUGAUUGCUGAUAUGUUUCAUAGUUUGCUGAGUCUCAUUGGAGAUUUCCUUUCAGAUGGCAGAAUAGUGUAUGCUGAUAGAUCUUCUGAAACGCAUGUUCGAUGUGAUUCAAAAAUCAAUGUUUUUCUGGAUGGAAUGAAUUUAAUAUUGUCAAAAAGAUUAGCUUCAGCUGACCUUUUGGUGGCGGGGAGUGUUAUAUUAGCAUCACUCUGUGCAGCCUCUGAUCAGAUUGGGUUCAUUUGUGAGGUUUCUUGCAACAUGCUCCUUUUGCGUGCAUAUGAUACAUCAGUGUUGCUGACCAUUCUUCAUAUUUUUGCUUACCUGGGUAGGCAAAGAUUUUUCACGUUGAGGUCAUAUAGUUUAAUAAUCACAGUCUUGAAAUCAGUUGUCACAUACCUUGAAAAAGGACAUCUGGAUGUUACUAUGGAGUUCUGCCAUUCAUCUACUGGCAAGGUUCAAUCUGAGUUCCAUCUAUUUGCUACUUGCCCAUUUUCAGAGGGUGCUGUUUCUGUGGAUUCUGCUAUUUUCUUUCUCGUUGAAACACUUCAAAAUUAUGCUCAAUUUGGGACCAUGAAUCAAGGUGAGAUCAAUACAGUGAAUGCUGGUCUCCUAUCCAAUAUGCACAAGACUGGAUUUAGUUUGAGGCAUGAAGAUGUUGAUUGUUCAUUUGGUACAAACUGUGAUACAUCCUGUUCUUUAAGCAAGUAUGGGGUGCAUGGGAUCCCAUCAGAGCCUGCUGAAGUUGGGACUUUAUGCCACUUCACUGAUGUCCUUUCAUUGGUAGAGUUGGUUGCAGCCAAUAUGGGCUGGGAUUGGAUACAUGAGAAGAUUGUUCCUCCGUUAUUUAAAAUAUUGGAAUCAUCAAUGGUAGAGAACUUAUCUGUUGCUAUUGUUAUUCUACUCGGUCAACUUGGGAGGCGAGCUGUUGAUGCUGGUGGCUGCAAAGAUAAAGACGUCGAAGACUUAACAGAUAAAUUGGCUGCUUUUCUGCAGCAAGAGGCUACCAUCAGAGGAGGCCUUCCUAUCCAAAUUGCUACUGUUAGUGCCUUGCUGAGGCUUCUCUCUCUUGAUUUCAACCAAGUUAUGGAGAGUCAGGUAGCAUUUCCAGUCGAUGCAGGUCUGUCUGAUACCACAGAUCUUAUUAGGAAAUGGUUUUCUUUGUUGAGUAAGGAGCAGCAGGCUUUUUUACCCAGCCUUUUACAAUAUCCUGGUUUGGUGACACCAGAGCAGAUGUAAGAAAUUGUACAAGAGUCUACAAUGUGAAUAGUUAGUUGAGACAGAGAGAGAGCAGGCUUAGAUCUUUUUUUUUCCAAGAUGAGCGGGUGUAGAUCUUUUUUGUAUUACUUAAUGUCCUUUUUUCUUUUUUCUUUUUUUGAAAUAAUGUAUUCCUUUAGUGUCUGUUGCUCCUUUUGCUUUUCUGAACCAGUAUGCGGCUGCAUCAUCUGAUGGCAUGUUGAAUAACAAUAGUUCUUUGUUUUCUUACAGGAUGUUGGAAGUAGAUCAAUGUUGUUAGUAUUAUUGAAAUUGUCAUUUGUAAUCC